CCACCCCCAGACCCACAGUUACCACAGAUCUCUCCCUCUCUCCUCCUCCUCCUCUAGAUCCCCGGCCAUCACCGCCCGAUCUCUGCCCUUCCUGAUCCCGCUCCGCCGUCAAACAGAAAUGGCCGCUCCGCCUCUCCCGGUCACGAACCCAACGUCACAGCCCGAAUCCCAGCCUCCAAUCGCCACGCCGGCCUUCCGCAACUUCAUCUCCCGCCUCUCCUCUUCCGUCCGCCAGGGCUUCUCCCAGCGCCGCCCAUGGACGGAACUCAUCGAUCGCUCCGCCUUCACCCGCCCUGAAUCCCUCACAGAAGCCGCCGCCCGGAUCCGCAAGAAUCUGUCCUACUUCAAGGUCAAUUACAUUUCAAUGCUCGUCGUCGUCCUCGGCUUCUCCCUCCUGUCCCAUCCUUUCUCCCUCCUGGUGCUCCUCUCCCUCCUCGCCUCCUGGAUCUUCCUCUACCUCUUCCGUCCUUCCGAUCAGCCCGUGGUGAUUCUCGGCCGGACCUUCUCGGAGCGGGAGACGCUCGGCGUGUUGCUCUUGUCGACCAUCGUCGUGGUGUUCUUGACCAGCGUCGGCUCGCUCUUGAUCUCGGCGCUGAUGGCUGGAGUCGCUAUUGUCUGCGUGCACGGCGCGUUCAGGGUUCCAGAAGAUCUGUUCCUUGACGAGCCGCAAGAGCAGGCGAACGUAGGACUCCUUUCCUUCCUCGGCGGCGCCGCCUCCUCCGCAGCUGCCGCCGCCGCUCCCGUUGUCGCCGCUCGUGUGUGAGAGGUUGUGCUGCUGAUUAGCAUCUUCAGUUCUGCAUGGAGUUGAAAUGGGCGACUAUGGCUGCUUGUGUAUUUGUGGGGAAUGUUUUCAGCUGCAUUGUAGUUGAUGCAGCUGUGGUAUUUCUGCUUAGUUGGUAAAGUAAGAAUGAUACUCCCGCCAUGGAACUAGGGGUGGCAAAAGCGUCGGUGCGCUGUGGUAUUGGCACUUUGGCAGGAAGAAAGGAAAGAUGAACUGUGAAGCAGUUGUUUUAUUGACUGGACGCACACAUUUAUGGUCCUGCUGCAAUUAUCUGUCGCAUUUGUAGCUGCCAUUCUCGGCACAAACACCAGCCUUCAUUCCCUAUCAGUUAUUUAUGAAAUGUGAG